AUGAUGUUAAAUACAGGACACAGCUUCAAUGACAAUCAAUUGAAUCGAAUAGAGUCGAUAUCCAACCUCAGAGUCGACAUUGCACCCAGAUCUCGACAUUUCUUUCAAAAGAGAUCACAGUCAAUGAAUCCAGAGCUUUCACCAAAGACACUUGAACAUGACGAUUCGUUUCGUCUCACAUUAAAUGCUUACAAUCAAACGUUCUAUCUGUAUCUCAAGCCCAACUUUGAAUUGUUUCCCCCUCAAGCAGUGAUGCAUUAUACAGGAGACGAAAAUGAUCAACCUAUCCAGCAAGAAAAGGUACUAGUUUACAAGGGCCACACUGUCCGUUCACCCGAGAUGGACAAUCGCUGGAUGCAGGAAAACGCAGACGUCUUGAAGCUCGGUUCUGAAUUUGAUGCUACCACAACACAACUUGGAUGGGCUAGAAUAUUGGUUCGACAUGAUUUGAUGUCUCGACACAAGACGGAUCAACCUAUUAUUGAAGGUGCAUUCAAGGUACAAAACGAUAUUUACCAUAUUAAAGCAACCACCAAUUAUAAUCUGGUCAAAAGAUCCGUGGAUAUUACCGCUUCUGAUUCUGAUGUGAUGGUCAUUUAUCGAGAUUCGGAUACGCAACAGCACCAGGGACACGAAACUUCACAAGCGCACGCAUGUGGAUUCGACAAUUUAUUGCAUAGAUCCAUCGCGAAACGAGGAGAGGUGUCUAGAGAUGCGUUCACCAAGUUGACUGGUCAGGGGUGUCCAACCACUAAAAAAAUUAAUUAUAUGGGUGCAGCUGCUGAUUGUACCUAUGUCCAGUACUACAGGAGUGUCGAUAAUGCUAGAACUCAAAUCAUCAACAAUUUCAAUAUAGCCUCUGCUGUAUUCGAAGAGACAUUCAAUAUCUCACUAGGUUUAAUCAAUAUCACCAUCAUGGAUCGCGCAUGUCCACAGCGAAUUGAUCCGGAGAUGGCCUGGAACCGAGCUUGUGAUGCCAAUUACUCUUUAGGUAACCGACUAAGUGAUUUUAGUCUAUGGAGAUCAAAAAUGAAGAAUGAUGGAGCAGGUCUCUGGCAUUUGAUGACCAACUGUGCCACUGGGGUGGAAGUGGGCCUGGCUUGGUUGAAACAGCUUUGCAACACAGAAGCACAUGCCCAGGCCAAUGCAGACGGAAAGAAGCAAUUUGUAUCUGGUGCUGGUAUAUCUGCUAUCACACGAGAUGAGUGGAAGGUCGUUGCACAUGAAAUUGGCCAUGGGUUUGGCGCCAUUCAUGAUUGUGUAGCUGAUAACUGUCCCUGCACUGGAAGUGAUUGCAAAUGCUGUCAAUUAAACUCAAAUCAAUGCGAUUCAAGCGGAUUCCUCAUGAGCGCUCUCAGUAACACAUCAGCAGAGAGUUUCAGCCCCUGUUCUAUCAAUACAAUCUGCGAUGCCUUCCCUAGCAUUGGCUCCUGUCUGGUUGAUCCAAGUGACAAUCGGCACCAUGUCUAUCGGUUGAAUGUAUGUGGAAAUGGAAUCAAAGAAGAAGGCGAAGAAUGUGACCCGGGCGGAGUGGACACUGAUUGUUGUGAUGCCAAAACAUGUAAAUUGAAGCCAACAGCUGUUUGCGAAGACACCAAUGAAGGUUGCUGCCGUCAGUGCCAAAUCAGACCUAAAAACGACCUGUGUCGACCUGCUUCAAAUCCAUGUGAUAUCGCAGAAUAUUGCUCAGGCACUUCGGCCGAAUGCCCAGUAGAUACAUCUAUGCGAGAUGGUACAUCUUGUGGACCCGGUGGACUGAAAUGUGCUUCUGGACAAUGCACUUCUAGAGAUGAACAAUGCCUGUCCCGUGGCUAUGUGCUAAACAUCACUCGAUCCUGCAUCAAGAACAACGAAGAGUGUAAGCUGUUAUGUAACUCGCCUGACAGUGAAAAGUGCUUGAUCUUUAGCGGCAACUUUAUCGAUGGUACACCGUGCGGUUUUGGCGGUAGAUGCUUUGCGGGUGAGUGCCAUAAUGGAGAUGCUAUUGGCAGCAGUAUGCUCUACCUCAGUGACCAUAAGGGCGUUGCCAUUCCGGUGGGUAUUAUCGUCUUCUUGGUGGUAUGUGCGCUAGGCUUUGUUCUGUUCUGGUUUGGCUGCUGGCGUUGUACAGGCUACAGAGAAAAGAGAAACAGAAGAAGGAGCAGAAAAUCAACAAGUACGAAUUCCAUCAGUCCAGCCUACUAUUCUGAUAGCAGUUCUAGCUCGCAGGAUCUACCUGGCUAUAAUGAGCCAUUACAAGAGCUCACACCAGCCCCUAAAUUGAGUGGUAAGGAGAAGCACUCUUUGGAUUUCAUGACUCCACCACCAUACAUUACCAUCAAUGCAGCUGGACAGCAACAGCAAAAGGAGAAGCAUCACUCAAACGGGUCCACGUCGCCUUCUCCCUCGUCAUCGUCUUCCUCUUCCAGUUUGGCCACUAUUGUAAAUACAGAGGACAAGAUGAAAACCGAGAAAAAUGAAUGA